AUGAGGCCUCAACAGUGUCUGUUGGUGUGCUUGACUCUGCUCGUCUGUGGCGUCCAAGCCGUGAACUUUGAAUUCGAGACCAACACAUUCCCUUCUUGCACAUUGACUUGCGACACGCAAUUAACAACAUCUAACUGCUCGCUUGCGACCAACGAAUCAUGCUUCUGUCAACAUGCGGAUAUUGCGUCGUCGGUACUCGAUUGCGCUGAAGCCCACUGCUCCGUGAAGGACUAUUUCACCACUUAUAGAUUGUAUGAGGAUGUGUGCAAUAUCCCUAAAAUGCAAGGCCCACCCCUCGUCUCCGCCUCAACCUUGAUCCCUACCAUCCUGGCCAUCUUCUUCUUUUUCGCCAGGAUCUAUGCCAAGGCUAUCGGUCUCGGAGGUGGAUGGGGGUGGGAUGACUAUACGAUCAUUGUCUCCUUUAUUCUUGGAAUUGCUUUUUACGCCGGAUAUACAUUGACAAUCGUUCACGGUUCCGGGAUGAACAUUUGGGAUAUUCCAUUCGACCACAUCAACCAGUUUUACCAGUCCUUCCAAGCUAUCGCCAUCAUGUACAAGAUUCAGAUCUCUCUCGCCAAGAUCUCCGUGUGUCUUUUCCUCCUUCGCAUCUUCCACGCUCGUCCGUUCAGAUAUACCGCCUACCUUCUUAUCCUGGCGAAUGCUUCCAUCGGCCUUUGCUGGGCCUUUGUCGACUCUUUUCGUUGCAUUCCCACUCGUCUGACCUGGCUGGGCUGGCAGGGAGAGGAAUCUGGACGUUGCAUCAACUUUAUCGUCUCGAUCCUGGUCAACUGCCUGGCUAACAUCGCCGUUGACUCGGUGCUGAUCCUGCUGCCAGUCUUUGAAGUGGUCAAACUUCAGUUGCCCCUGAAGAAGAAGAUUGCUGUUGCCACCAUGUUCGCUGUCGGUUCAGUGUUGACUGUUGUUGCCAUCAUUCGCGCGGUCGUGUUUUGGAGAAAUCGUUGGGGCGUGAACCAGACCAAGGGUCUGUACCCACUCCUUCGCUGGUCCCUGAUUGAAGUCGAGAUCUCCGUCAUGUGUGCGUGUUUGCCUGCUUUCCGCGCUCUUAUCGGACGCUUCUUCCCUGCCUUGGUUGGCUCUGAACGCCGCACCUACGCUACACACACCAUGGAAGGCUACAGCAGACACACCGGCCACCCCAGCAAUAUCAACAAGUCUGUCAGCUACUCGGUGAACUACCAUAAUCGCUCUGAGACCCACAGUGUGGUUGAACUGGUGGACGUCAACGGCAAGGAGCGUGUUUGA